ACUAGUGUCUUCGAACGCCUGGGACAUUAAAGCAAGAUUUCGUUUACUGGACGUUUGACGUUUUUCAGAUUAUUUUGGCAACUGUGCAACUGUACGACCAAAAUGCCGUCUGAAUGUCCCUCUUGCCAUGAAAUAGCGGUUGAUACGGAACCAGGAGGAGAGUUAGUGUGUCAUGAAUGUGGAGCUGUGGUCGAGAGCAGAGUAUUCAGCUGUGAAGCCGACAGUUCAGGUGGCUGGACUUAUAUGAACGUUGACGGUACAGCGAGAUUUGAUGGUCGUUACGAGUUGUCUAAAGAGGUAAGGCAACGAUUGCCAACAAGCGACACUUCAGUAACAGAAAAACUUCUUCAGAAGUGCCUAUACCUUCAGGGAAAGCGCAUGAACCUGUCUAACGAAAUUCUCAACGAAGCACGGCAACUCUUGUUAAACACCGUUGCACCAAAAGUCAACUCUGGGGAAAUUCGACGCAUUUCACGCCGGAGAAACGUCCUUACCGCUUGCUGUUUGUUCAUCGUAUGCAGACAGAAUAACUUGCAGUUAACAUACAAACGCAUGGCUGAAGUUGCAGAAUGCAACAUGUUUAUACUUGGAAGAUCUGUGAAAAUUCUUCUGCAGGCACUCGACAUCAAGCUCGAAUAUGUUGGUGUCGAGUCCAUGGUGAUAAGCGUCCUUUCACAGUUGUCUGUGGCGGACAAGUCCUGCGAGAAGCUUUGCCUCGACCUGUGGCACAUUUUUAAAUACUUCAAUUUAAUAGGAGGAAGAAAUCAUCCCGCAGCAGCCACGUGUCUGGUGCUUCUGGUUUUGGAGUGUAAGAACAUUACCCCCAGCAAGGAAAAGAUUGCAGCAGUGUUAGGAAAACAUUCUGUGACAAAGGCGCAGGUGGCAAACCAAACAAAAAAUGCGAGAAAAGGUUUAGUUGAUCUCGCCAGAGAGGUACCUUGGAUACCACAAUCUGUGAAGCCGAUGUACAUUACCAGGCACAUCAUUGACAUAGUCAAUUUUCACAAGAAUUGCGUAAACCUGGAUUUAUCCACAGUCAAGUCUAACAGAAUGAAACAGAAAGAAAUUACCGAGCAGGAUCGGAAGACAAAGAUACAAAAGGCUAAGGCCCGGUUAUUAGACAAAGAACAAAGACAACAAGAGUGUAGCUCGAAUGAAUCUAGCAAACCUGACAGCGACCAUUCCCUCCCAAACGCUGUAUCAAGUCACCAAAGCAAGGAUGAAGUGGUUGUGAUACAACCAGGAACUAGCUCAUCAACACAAACAGCUGGUCCAAGCACUGACAGUUCAGAUGUCUCAGCUUGCAUUCACAAUAACAGCUGUACAGAAGGUCCUUUAGAUGAUUCGGCAAAGUACAAUGAUUUAGAUGACAAUGAUAUUCUUAUUGAGAGUCUCCUUAAGAAUGGCUACUCUGAAGAAGAGCUGAUGGAUGGCUACUUUGAGUCAAGAAUGUGUAAUCUUCAGAGUUCACAGUGUGAUCCUGAGGGCGAGAGGGAGGAUCUAGAUGAACAGGACAUCGCAGAAGUAGAGAUGCAUCACUAUCUAUGGUCAGUUGCAGAGAUGGAACGAAUAAAAAGUCUAAAGGACCCAACACUUGACGAUAAGCUGGGUGAAGAAUGCCAACAACAGCAAGGCUAAUAAUGCUAUCAAGAUACUAUUUAUCAAAGAAAAAACUGCCUAUCACCGUCUUCCCCUUAGGGUUGAACCCUGGGGCCAAACAGGGGGUGGGGGACUAUCUGAUAAAAGAGUGAAGUCGUCUUAAGAAUUUCCCAGUGGUAACAAAAUCUUAGAAAUUCCAGGGGGAAUUAAUUUGGUUAUUUAUAUACAUGUUGCAUGUUAUUAUUACCCUUGUACAAUUUGGUAUUUACCUUUGUUUCAUAUACAAUAUAUUAUCAUAAACCAGAACAAAGAAAAAUACCAAACUUAAACCACAACAUAUACAUUAAAAUUAUCAUAACUUGCCUUUAAGCGAUCAACUUACUGGCAGAUGUGCAGGGCUGAAAUUGAAAAUUAUGAGGUCUACAUGUAGCUGUAGGACAGCUAGCCUGCAAACGCAGACGUAUUUCCGGCUGUCACUUGGUUCCGUCGAAAAGUAACGUCUGCGAACCCGAG